AUGCCUCGUCGGCUGCGGACGGCCUAUACUAAUACCCAACUCUUGGAACUGGAAAAGGAAUUUCAUUUCAAUAAAUAUCUCUGUCGUCCGCGAAGAAUAGAAAUCGCGGCUUCACUUGAGUUGAGUGAAAGACAAGUGAAAGUUUGGUUUCAAAAUCGCCGAAUGAAACACAAAAGACAGUCACAGAUCAGUAAGAAUGGCGAUGAAAAGGGGGGUAAGAGUGGGUCGUGUAGUAAUGAUGAGGACAGUAUGGAUAUGGAUGGAAGUGGUGACGGCGGACACGGCAGUGGUUCGGACACAGGCCUCGAUUUAGAUAAGUCGGCUCUAAGUCCUAAUGAUAGCAAUCACUCGCAAAGUUCCAGAGAAGAGACGAUCAAAUGCGAGAAACCAACGCCACUGUCAAUGAUUGAUGCAAACCAAUGCUGUGCCGAAACCAUUUCUAAUCGCAAUAUAACCACAUCAACCACUGGUUCGCCAUCAGUGUUAUCACCUCAUUGUGAAGACAUCAAGAUCUCUGUGUCCAAUACUUCUCAUUUGCUUCAUUCGGCGCUAUCAUCAGUAAGUAGUUCUCCGGCCACUCGUAAUGCUUUGGGUUCGCCUUCCAGUGUAACCAUUAGCCCAAAAGGACAUCAAAGUCCAAAUGAACACUUGGUUUGUGCGCCCAUUCAUGUGACUAAAGUGAGGAAUUGGACACCAAAUACAAGACAACCAUUGAAUACAUUAAAUACAAUUGAGUGCCAUCCAAACCAAAACAAUAUAAACCCUAUGAAUACAGGUAUAAACUCUUCGACACCUAUAACAGCACAACAACCACUUCAUGGACAGCACCCGCCAAACAGCCAAAACUUUUACAACCGGUGCGUCAGUAUGUCUUCGUCUGUAACUUCUCAGUCAUGUUCUUCGACGACCUUUCCUUAUGGAAGGCGUCAAAGAUAUUCCACACAAUUCUCUUCUCAGAGCUCUUCCCGUUCUUCUCCAUCCAAUCCAUCGGUUUCUCAAACGACAAACUUUUGUUACCGAACGUCACCAUCGGAUAACUUCGCUGCCAAUACUCGCCCCUCACAACAGAGCACAUCUGCUUCAGCACCGGAACCGUUGGCGACAACAAAGUUCUUUCCGUGCGGACCCAACAGCUCAUUAUAUAGCGCUCAACAAACACAACAGUCUUCACAAUUACAGCAAAGGCCUCAUUACUUCACUACUGAUUAUAAUUGUGAUUAUUCUGGAGUGAGGAGUGAACCACAAACUUACCCCCAAAGACAGCCUUAUGAGAGCACUUUCAUAGAUAAUACACAACAACCACAACAACAGUAUCUGUCGAAUGGUGCCAUAGCCUAUGCAAGCCAUACAAACCAUGCAAACCAUACCAACCAUUCAAACUAUGCAAACCUUGUAAGCCAUGCGACAGAUCCGGAGCCAUACGAAAGUGAAAACAACGAUAGAGUGCAACCAAAUAACACCAAUGCCUAUACGAACUCAUCAAACGCUGCUUAUUAUGAAGUGGACACCAAUUCAAGUGAUCAUAACUCGCAACGAAUUCCCAGCGAAUACAAUGCAAUCGCUCUGAAACAACAGCCCCAACAAUACACCUCUCAAUCCCAGUCUAACACUCAUCAGCACCAGUAUUACGACAUACAUAGUGGCGGUACGGGUACGGGGCUGGCAGUGGCCGUCUCGCCCAACAUUCCCAAUACAUACGAUCAAACGUAUUGCAACUCUAAUAGCAAUAAUAGUACAGAUCUAUCGGCAAAUGCUUUUAAUAAUUAUAAUAAUAGCAACUAUUAUGACGUUUACAACAACUGUACGAACAAUGAGUUUAAUUUCAUAAACAUUGCCAACGAAUUCACAUCACCUGAAUAUUAUCAGCUCAGCUAAAGACAGGAUACCAAUCGCUUUGCAAUUCAAACCAUUCAAUUAUUAUAACAAUUUAUGACAAUUAGAUUUUAUUUAUAGCUUUACUAUUGUUUUUAUAGACACUACACAUGAGUUACUAUUUUAGUGCAAAACUAAAGGAUCCGAAUUAUUGUUAAUUUUAUUCUAUUAUUUUCAAAUUGUUAGCAAAAAAAAUAUAUACAGAAAAGCAAAAAGUGUCGACUUUUGUUGAACACUAGGCCGAGGUAUGGGAGCUGUGAGAGUGAAUGGUAUGGCAGUACCGGUAGAGCCGUAGUGUCGGUGCCAUUAAUAUUAUUGAACGUCAAACGAGAAUAGUUUGUGAUUUAGUUGAGUCUCUCAAGACUUAGCUCGCAUUAGAUUACAUUGUUUUUACUAUUAGUACAGUUAGAGUAUUGUCUAACUGUAUGAUACAGUCAUGUAUCCAUGUAUAGCAGAUUCGCUCCCAAACUAUAGCCCAUCCAUCUCUUAACAUCCCUUACCAUCUCUACAGACAACACAAAAGUAGUGUAUAUUUUUUGUUCACAUCUCGUGUAUAGCCUGUGCUGUAGUGCUGUUAGUGUUGUAUAAGUAAGUGAUGCUGUGAUGCAACGGCUCUCUCAUGCCAUCCGCCAAACCAUUCACUCGUUUUUCUAUUUUUCCGACUCAUGUAACAACUGAUCCCUUAAAUAAAGUAUAUAUAAAAUGUCUAACAAUUUAUAUAGAGAUCACAAUUUUUCACACAAUUUUUCUUUUAAUAUAAAUUCAUGACAUAGUUUUGAG